GGGAGAGAAGAGACGGGCACCGUACUGACUUCGGAUUAAGAGGCGCGGAGCUCCGGUGGAGUAGGACUGCAAAGCAGCUGCGGGAGUUUUGCGCCCGGGAGCCCGGCUGGCGCAUCUCCUUGCGGCUCCGCUCGCCACCAGCUGGCGGGCUCCGGACCAGCCCUCCCCGCCUGCUGGCCGAGCGCUGCCCCGCUUGGAGUGCCCUGGGGUGGGGGGGAAGAGGAGGAAGAGGAGGUGGAAGAGGAGGAGGGCAGACCCCCGGCCGAAAAUGAGCCAACAUGUCUGACAAAAUGUCCAGCUUUCUCUACAUCGGCGACAUCGUCUCGCUCUACGCCGAGGGCUCGGUCAACGGCUUCAUCAGCACGCUGGGGCUGGUGGAUGACAGAUGCGUGGUUCAACCAGAGGCAGGUGAUCUGUGUAAUCCGCCAAAAAAAUUCCGAGAUUGCCUUUUUAAAGUGUGUCCUAUGAACCGAUAUUCUGCACAGAAACAAUACUGGAAAGCUAAACAAGCCAAACAGGGGAACCACACAGAAGCAGCUCUGUUGAAGAAACUGCAACAUGCAGCUGAACUGGAACAAAAGCAGAAUGAAUGUGAAAACAGGAAGUUGCUGGGUGAAAUUGUGAAAUACAGCAAUGUUAUCCAGCUCCUUCAUAUAAAAAGCAACAAAUACCUUACUGUCAAUAAGAGAUUGCCAGCCUUGCUGGAAAAGAACGCCAUGAGGGUCUCUUUGGAUACUGCUGGGAAUGAAGGAUCCUGGUUCUACAUCCAGCCCUUUUGGAAAUUGCGAAGUGAAGGGGACAAUAUUGUUGUUGGAGAUAAAGUGGUUCUGAUGCCAGUUAAUGCAGGACAACCGCUCCAUGCCAGCAACAUUGAACUCUUGGAUAACCCAGGAUGCAAGGAGGUGAAUGCAGUCAAUUGUAAUACCAGUUGGAAAAUAACCUUAUUCAUGAAAUAUAGUUGCUAUAGAGAAGAUGUGCUUAAAGGUGGAGAUGUUGUCAGGUUGUUUCAUGCUGAACAGGAAAAGUUUCUGACCUGUGAUGAAUAUCAGCUGAAGCAACAUAUUUUCCUCCGCACAACUUUGCGUCAGUCAGCCACUUCUGCAACCAGCUCUAAAGCCCUAUGGGAAAUAGAGGUGGUGCAUCAUGAUCCCUGCCGCGGCGGUGCAGGGCAAUGGAACAGCCUAUUCAGGUUCAAACACCUGGCAACUGGAAACUAUUUGGCUGCUGAACUUAAUCCACACUAUCCUGAUGGUUGCAAUGGGGAAAAGACGGUGAAAGACAACGAACUUUUAACUUCAAAGAAGAAACGGCAGGCAGGAGAGAAGAUUAUGUAUACUUUGGUGUCUGUUCCUCAUGGAAAUGACAUUGCCUCUCUUUUUGAACUGGAUGCUACCACUCUUCAACGGGCUGACUGCCUGGUUCCAAGGAAUUCCUAUGUUCGGCUGAGACAUCUUUGCACCAACACUUGGGUGACCAGCACUAGCAUCCCAAUAGACAAAGAUGAAGAAAGGCCUGUAAUGUUAAAGAUUGGAACCUGUCAGACAAAAGAAGACAAAGAAGCAUUUGCAAUUGUGUCUGUUCCUCUGUCUGAGGUUAGAGACUUGGAUUUUGCUAAUGAUGCCAACAAGGUUUUAGCAUCAACAGUAAAAAAUUUGGAGAAUGGCUCUGUAACUCAAAAUGAAAGGAGGUUUGUAACUAAGCUUUUGGAAGACCUCAUUUUCUUUGUUGCUGAUGUGCACAACAAUGGCCAAGAAGUUUUGGAUGUGGUGGUUAUUAAGCCCAAUCGAGAGAGGCAGAAAUUAAUGCGGGAACAAAAUAUAUUGGAACAGAUUUUUGGAAUAUUGAAAACUCCCUUUAAAGAGAAAGCUGGAGAGGGAGCCAUGCUGAGACUUGAAGACUUGGGUGACCAGAGAUACGCCCCAUACAAAUACAUGCUUCGGCUUUGCUACAGAAUCCUCCGUCAUUCUCAACAGGACUACAGGAAAAACCAGGAGUACAUUGCUACCAAUUUCUGUAUCAUGCAGUCUCAAAUUGGCUAUGAUAUCUUAGCAGAAGAUACUAUCACAGCUUUGUUGCACAACAACAGGAAGCUACUGGAGAAACAUAUUACAGCUAAAGAAAUAGAGACAUUUGUGAAUUUACUCAGGAGGAAUCGAGAGCCAAGGUUCUUGGACUACCUAUCAGACCUGUGUGUUUCUAACACAGCUGCAAUUCCAGUCACCCAGGAACUUAUUUGUAAAUACAUGCUGAGUCCAGGAAACGCUGACAUUCUCAUUCAGACCAAGCUGAUUUCGAUGCAAAUGGACAACCCCUUGAAUUGUUCUUCUGUUUCUGAUGAUAUGGAAGAAGAAGAGGUCUGGUUGUACUGGAUUGACAGUAACAAGGAGCCUCAUGGGAAAGCCAUCAGACAUCUUGCCCAGGAAGCGAAGGAAGGCACAAAAGCUGAUUUAGAGGUCCUUACAUACUACAGGUACCAAUUGAAUCUCUUUGCAAGGAUGUGUUUGGACCGCCAGUAUUUGGCUAUAAAUCAGAUUUCCACCCAGCUCUCAGUGGAUUUAAUCUUACGUUGCAUGUCAGAUGAGAGCCUGCCUUAUGACCUGCGAGCAUCUUUCUGUCGCCUAAUGUUACAUAUGCAUGUAGACAGAGAUCCUCAGGAGACAGUGGUGCCUGUGAAGUAUGCCAGGCUGUGGACUGAAAUUCCUACCAAGAUCACUAUCCACGAGUAUGACUCCUUCACAGAUUCAUCACGAAAUGACAUGAAAAGCAAAUUUGCUUUCACAAUGGAAUUUGUAGAAGAUUAUUUGAAAGAAGUUGUAAAUCAGCCUUUUCCUUUUGGAGACAAAGAGAAGAACAAGCUUACAUUUGAGGUGGUGCACCUGGCUCGCAAUCUCAUAUACUUUGGUUUUUAUAGUUUCAGUGAACUACUGAGGCUGACCAGAACACUAUUGGCUAUCCUUGAUAUUGUACAAGUGCCUAUGUCAUCCUACUUUGAAAGAUUAAGCAAAUUUCAGGAUGGAGGAAACAAUGUUAUGAGAACGAUUCAUGGUGUGGGAGAGAUGAUGACUCAAAUGGUUCUCAGCAGAGGUUCUAUCUUCCCUAUCUCUUCACCUGAUAUUCCCCCAAGCGUCCACCGAAGCAAACAAGCCAACAUUGUGGAGAAUGAAGAUGUCACUGUGAUGGAUACCAAGUUAAAAAUUAUUGAGAUUUUACAGUUUAUUCUUAGUGUUCGACUUGACUACAGAAUAUCCUAUAUGCUGUCUAUUUACAAGAAGGAAUUUGGAGAGAGCAAUGAAAAUGUUGAUAAUUCCGUAGCAUCUCCACCCGACUCAUCAACUGUCACCUCAGCAGCUGUUCCUGAUAUAGAUGAAAUUGCUGCAGAAGCAGAAACUAUGUUUGCUGGCAGAAAAGAAAAGAAUGCUGUACAACUAGAUGAUGAAGGGGGCAGGACGUUUUUGCGAGUCCUCAUUCAUCUUAUAAUGCACGAUUACCCACCUUUGCUUUCAGGAGCCCUGCAAUUGUUGUUUAAACACUUCAGUCAGCGAGCAGAAGUUCUGCAAGCGUUUAAGCAGGUGCAGUUGCUGGUGUCGAACCAAGACGUGGACAGUUACAAGCAAAUUAAAACUGACCUUGACCAGCUAAGGCUGACUGUAGAAAAAUCGGAACUUUGGGUCGAAAAAAGCAGUAAUUAUGAAAAUGGAGUAUUGGGUGAAAAUCAAACAAAAGGGAGCGAUGAACCAAUCGAAGAUUCAAGUAUGUUAAGUCCAGUCCAAGAUGGGAGUAAGAAACCUCAGAUUGAUAUCAAUAAGAGUAACAACUAUAAUAUAGUUAUGGAGAUUUUGAUCCGAUUACGGGGGCUCUGCAUCCAAAAUAAAAAAUGUCGAAAUCAGCAGCAACGCUUACUUAAGAAUAUGGGAGCCCACAGUGUUGUGCUGGAUCUUCUUCAGAUACCCUAUGAGAAGAGUGACAAAAGGAUGAAUGAAAUUAUGACCUUAGCUCACCUGUUUCUUCAGAACUUCUGUCGUGGAAAUCCUCAGAACCAAAUACUUCUUCAUAAGCACCUCAACUUAUUCUUAACCCCUGGGCUUCUUGAGUCCGAAACCAUGCGGCACAUAUUCACAAAUAAUUACCACAUAUGCAAUGAAAUUAGUGACCGGGUGGUGCAGCAUUUUGUCCACUGCAUUGAGACACAUGGCCGCCAUGUUGAAUAUCUGCGUUUCCUGCACACCAUUGUGAAGGCUGAUGGCAAAUACGUCAAGAAAUGCCAGGACAUGGUUAUGACAGAGCUAGUCAAUGGGGGUGAAGAUGUGUUAGUGUUCUACAACGACAGAGCGUCUUUUCCAAUCCUCCUUCAAAUGAUGUGCUCUGAGCGAGACCGAGUAGAUGACAGUGGGCCUUUGGUUUAUCACAUCACCCUGGUGGAACUGCUAGCAGCAUGCACAGAAGGCAAAAAUGUCUACACCGAGAUCAAAUGUAAUUCUCUCCUUCCAUUGGAUGACAUAGUGCGAGUGGUGACGCAUGAUGAUUGCAUUCCUGAGGUGAAGAUUGCAUAUGUGAAUUUUGUCAAUCAUUGCUAUGUGGACACUGAAGUGGAAAUGAAGGAAAUCUACACCAGUAACCAUAUUUGGAAGCUGUUUGAGAAUUUUCUGGUUGAUAUGGCAAGGGUUUGUAAUACCACUACAGACAGAAAACACGCGGAUUUAUCUCUCGAAAAAUAUGUCACUGAACCAGUAAUGAGUAUUGUGAGUGGCUUUUUCAGUUCUCCAUUUUCAGACAAUAGCACAAGUCUCCAGACACACCAGCCUGUAUUCAUCCAGCUGCUACAAUCUGCAUUUAGAAUUUACAAUUGUACUUGGCCAAAUCCAGCACAGAAGUCUUCAGUGGAAUCUUGCAUCAAAACGUUAGCUGAAGUGGCAAAGAACCGUGGAAUUGCGAUCCCAGUGGAUUUGGAUAGUCAAGUGAAUACAUUAUUCAUGAAAAGUCACACUAACAUGGUCCAAAGGGCAGCCAUGGGCUGGCGGAUGUCUGCUCGUAGUGGCCCUCGCUUUAAAGAGCCCCUUGGAGGACCCUCAUGGGAUUAUAGGAAUAUCAUUGAGAAGCUACAGGAUGUGGUGGCUUCCUUGGAAGAGCAAUUCAAUCCUAUGAUGCAAGCUGAAUUUUCAGUGUUGGUUGACGUCUUGCACAGCCCUGAACUUCUCUUUCCCGAAGGGAGUGAUGCUAGAAUUAGAUGUGGAGCUUUCAUGUCCAAGUUGAUAAACCAUACAAAAAGGCUAAUGGAGAAGGAAGAAAAACUCUGCAUCAAAAUUCUCCAGACUUUACGGGAAAUGCUUGACCAGAAAGAUAGUUUCGUCGAAGAGGGUAGCAACCUGCGGAAAAUACUUCUCAAUCGCUAUUUUAAAGGUGAUUACGGAAGUAGCAUCAAUGGUCCUCUGUCUGGCAACUACAGCAAGCCCAUGCAAAGUGGAGGGACCUUUUCAGGACAAGAUGUGGACAAGUCUGGUGCAUCGAUGCAUGAUAUUCAGUGUCUUUUGGAUAAAGAAGGUGCUUCAGAACUUGUCACAGAUGUCAUAGUUAGUACCAAAAAUGACAGGAUAUUCUCCGAAGCCAUCCUGCUUGGCAUUGCAUUGCUUGAAGGCGGAAACACGCAAAUUCAGUAUUCCUUUUAUCAACAAUUAAACGAGCGGAAAAAAUCUGAAAAGUUUUUUAAAGUUCUAUAUGAUCGCAUGAAAAUGGCCCAGCAGGAAAUUCGGUCAACAGUUACGGUAAACACAAUUGAUCUGAGCAGCAAAAAGAAGGACGAUGAGAUGGACAUGACUGUAUCAGCUCCAGAGAAGAGAGUAAGAGAUUCAAACCUGCAUCUGAAAGAAGGAAUGAAAGGACAGUUAACAGAAGCCUCAACAGCAACAUCCAAAGCUUACUGUGUGUAUCGCAGAGAAAUGGAUCCCGAAACUGAUCUCAUUGGUCCAGGAUCAGAGGCAGGAUGUGCAGACGAAAAAUCUUCAGAAGAAAUGACCAUGAGUCCUGCCAUUGUAAUCAUGCAACCAAUCCUGAGGUUCCUUCAAUUAUUGUGUGAGAAUCACAAUCGAGAACUCCAGAACUUUUUAAGAAACCAGAACAACAAGACAAACUACAACCUAGUAUGUGAGACACUUCAAUUUUUGGAUUGUAUCUGUGGAAGUACAACAGGUGGACUAGGACUUCUGGGCCUAUACAUCAAAGAAAAAAAUGUAGCUUUGGUGAAUCAAACCCUUGAAAGCUUGACUGAAUAUUGCCAAGGACCCUGCCAUGAAAAUCAGACCUGCAUAGCCACACAUGAGUCUAAUGGCAUUGACAUAAUCAUUGCACUGAUCCUAAAUGAUAUCAAUCCUCUUGGAAAGUAUCGGAUGGACCUUGUGCUUCAGUUGAAGAAUAAUGCCUCCAAGCUUUUGUUGGCUAUAAUGGAAAGCAGGCACGAUAGUGAAAAUGCUGAAAGAGUCCUUUUCAACAUGAGACCAAAGGAGCUGGUGGAUGUAAUGAAGAACGCAUACAAUCAGGGUCUUGAGAAUGAUCAGGAGGAGGAGAAUGGAGAUGACAGUAUUUCACCAAAAGAUGUUGGACAUAAUAUCUAUAUAUUAGCUCACCAGUUGGCCCGUCACAAUAAAACAUUACAACACAUGCUGAAGCCUGGGGCAGAUCCAGAAGAAGGAGAUGAAGCUCUGAAGCAUUAUGCUAACCACACUGCCCAAAUUGAGAUUGUCCGCCAUGAUAGAACUAUGGAACAAAUAGUAUUUCCUGUGCCAAAUAUUUGUGAAUUCCUCACUCAUGAAUCAAAGUGCAGGGUGUUCAAUACUACAGAAAGAGAUGAUCAAGGAAGCAAAGUAAAUGACUUUUUUCAACAGACUGAGGAUCUAUAUAAUGAGAUGAAGUGGCAGAAGAAAAUUAGAAAUAAUCCAGCAUUAUUUUGGUUCUCCCGACAAAUUUCCCUCUGGGGAAGUAUAUCUUUCAAUCUGGCUGUUUUCAUCAAUCUAGCAGUCGCCCUCUUCUAUCCAUUUGGAGAUGAUGGGGAUGAAGGCACACUUUCUCCAUUAUUUUCCAUUCUCCUCUGGAUAGCUGUGGCCAUCUGUACAUCUCUACUUUUCUUUUUCCCGAAACCUGUUGGAAUCCGCCCAUUUCUGGUAUCUGUAAUGCUCAGGUCUAUAUAUACUAUUGGUCUUGGACCUACGCUGAUCCUUCUGGGUGCUGCUAAUCUUUGCAACAAGAUUGUAUUUCUGGUGAGCUUUGUUGGGAAUCGUGGUACGUUCACACGUGGAUAUAGAGCAGUCAUCAUGGAUAUGGCCUUUCUCUACCAUGUGGCCUAUGUUCUAGUCUGUAUGUUGGGCCUCUGUGUACAUGAAUUUUUUUACAGCUUCUUGUUAUUUGACUUGGUAUACAGAGAGGAGACUUUGCUGAAUGUCAUCAAAAGCGUUACACGGAAUGGGCGGUCCAUUAUUCUGACUGCAGUCCUAGCUCUCAUCCUCGUCUAUCUGUUCUCCAUUGUUGGCUUCCUGUUUUUGAAAGAUGAUUUCAUUAUGGAUGUGGAACGAUUGAAAAAUAGAACAUCUGUUACAGACAGUGGCACCGUCUCUACUACAAGCUUAACAACAAUGGUGGAAGCAUGUUCACGAGAGAACUGCACGACUACAGUACCAGCUGUCAAACCAGGUGAAGACGGUGAUGAGGAUGGGAUUGAGAGGACCUGUGAUACUUUGCUGAUGUGUAUUGUGACUGUAUUGAACCAAGGCCUGAGGAAUGGUGGUGGAGUGGGAGAUGUGCUUCGAAAGCCAUCCAAAGAUGAGCCACUGUUUGCUGCUCGGGUUGUUUAUGAUCUCCUGUUUUACUUCAUCGUCAUCAUCAUUGUCCUGAACCUCAUAUUUGGAGUCAUCAUUGAUACUUUUGCAGAUCUCAGAAGUGAAAAGCAGAAAAAGGAGGAGAUCUUGAAGACAACCUGUUUCAUCUGUGGGCUUGAGCGGGACAAGUUUGAUAACAAGACAGUUUCAUUUGAGGAGCACAUAAAGUCAGAACACAACAUGUGGCACUAUCUAUAUUUUAUUGUUCUGGUCAGAGUAAAAGACCCAACGGAAUAUACUGGUCCCGAAAGUUAUGUGGCUCAGAUGAUUGCGGAAAAAAAUCUAGAGUGGUUUCCUCGGAUGAGAGCCAUGUCCCUGGUUAGCAACGAAGGUGAUAAUGAACAGAACGAAAUCAGGAAUCUGCAAGAGAGAUUGGAGUCCACUAUGAGCUUGGUCAAGCAGCUUUCCAGUCAACUAGCUGAGCUUAAAGAACAGAUGACAGAACAAAGGAAAAAUAAACAGAGGCUCGGCUUUUUGGGAUCCAAUGCGGCCCACGUGAACCAUCACACACCACCACAUUGAUAGUGCCUGGGUUAUGACAGGCCUUUCAUCAAUAUUCUCUCUUGAUCACAAGGCAGAAUAGCUGAGGGUGGAAGGACUAAACAGUGCUUAUUGUUACCAAGUUUUCAACUGAGUGCCAAAAUGCUAAGUGGCUGAGUUCUGGGAACAAUUUGUAACUGUGUUUUAUGGUUGAAAAGGGCCGUGGCUUAGACCCUACAGAUAAUGCAAACAGGGACAUAAUCUUAAUCUUUGCUCAGCCAUAUCAAUAAACAAACAAAUGAAAAAAGGGGGGCCUCGGUUUAUGCUCUCGCAUCUCAGUUGGGAUUAAUUUUUUUAAAAAAAAAAACCUUUCUUUCUCCAGAGGCUGGCAGGAAAGCAGCUGAAUUUGGCUCAGUUGUUUUGAAUGCCGUUCUAAGAAACCUUGUAAAUCCAGUGACUUACUGAGGAAGUCGUUGAUUAACACCAAAUGUAAUGGCAUUAGUCAAAAUGUGUAAAAGUUCCUUGUUGCUUUUGCUGGCUAACGUCAUUUGUCCUGUUUGCAGGGCAUUUUCUCUCUGAAAAACAAACAAACAUAUGUAAAUAUGCUACAGCAAAUUAAUUUGCAUUAGCAGAUGAACAAAGCCGUCUCCUUCACCACCAGAUGUUUUUGCUUUUUAAAGAAGACAAACUAUAAUGCUAGGAGCAUUUUUGCUGUCAGCUGUACAAUUCCUAAAAUACAGUACAAAGAGUCUGCACCUUUACACUUACGCACGUAGCCUCCAAGGACAUUAGAAUGGAGUACUCUAUUCACCAAAAACAUUACAUUGAAUUUAUAUCUUUACUCCUGGAUUUAGCUAUACUGUAAAUGUGGUUGCAACUGGAGAUUCCAAAUAAAGAUGGCCUUUAAUCUGUGUUUAAAACCAAGGAUGAGGUUGAGGAGAAAAAGAACUACUUUAUAAAUCUUUAGUAUCAAAGAUUAAGUUCAGAGGGGUAAGCAGGUUUGAAAUGUCUAUGUGGAAUCAACUGCAAAUGGGUCGUUGUCUUUCAACAAGCACACAGAAACUUGCUGCUCCUCUUUUCUCCGUUUCUGAGCAAGAUGUUCUUCAGAAAGGAUCCGCAACUGUGUCGAUCUCCUACUGAGAGUGGAUUGUAUUAUCUCAUUAUUCUUCAUCUUCUGAUUCUACCUAGUCCAUUCUUCUCAUUGGAGACUCAGAAUAUUGAUUCAACAUUGUAGUUCUUACUGCUGCAAUAUCAGGAGAACAGUUAUCUCAGACUGAGGAUUAAUUCCAAAAUCCAGGUUGCAAAAAUCUAAGCAAACACUGGGUAGUUGCAAUGAUUUUGCUGUCAUAAAGUGUCUUCCAGAUUUUUGCAGCUCAGAUCUGAGAACCAUAGACUGUCCUGUCUGGAAAUCAAGUAUGCAAUGUGUUGGGCAGUCCAAGAGAUUUUAAAAGCUAGCGUAAUUUCCAUUAACUGGAGUGAAAUGCAUUCUUUUAACAUUAAAUUUUGGUAAAUCUGGGGCUUCCUUGUGUGACUAUAGUUUUAGUAAAAAAAAAAGCUUCUUAGUAAAAAUGCUGAUAAGGAAUUGAAAAAUGUAUUUCUGGUUGUGAGUGAAAUCUAGACUUGGUUCUGCUGAAUCAAGCAAGACUUCUGUAAGUAUGUCUCUUCUAGGCAAGACUAAAUCUAGAUUUCAUCUUAUCCGAAUAAAAUAAGUUGCCCUGUUUACAUAUCUUACAAAAACUGGAAACUUAUGAGAGAGUUCACAUGUGGCUUUUCAAAAAUCUCUUUCUGGCUUCUUGGAAGACAUAAACGCAAUGCCAGUCAGAUUACACCGUAUUUUGGGAUUAUGCCAUAUUAUAGUAUCUACAGGAAACACGUUUUGCACAUUUCAUUGACUUAAGUGGAGCAUCUGAGUUUCACAGCAAUUGUUUUCAUCAUCCGCAAUAUACUUUAAUGAAACUGGUGGGGAAGCAAUAUUAUGUGGUGUAUUUCCACCAUUUCUUGCACUUUAUAAUGAGUUAUGUCCUUGGGUAGAUAUCACAUCAGCCUUGUUAAUUGAUUGCUAUCCCAAAUAUCCAUCAUUCAGAAGGGUGCCUGGUUUUGUAGGGAUUUCCCAAACCAGAGAUUAUCCCAGCUCAUUAUAUCAAGCUCAGACUAAAACUUCUUUGGGGUUUAAACUAUGCAAAUAGAUGCACUGCAAACCAUCUGAGAAGCAAAAUAGGAUUCAAGUAAGUACCCACAGAAACUUGUACCUGCAACUGAACUCUUAAAGUGUUUUUCUCUGACCCCACUUUAGAAGGUCCUGCUGGUGGCUCCUUGGUUGAAAUGUGUCUCUUCCCGGAUGGCAGGGCAACUGUGCAGGACAGCCAUAUAAUCUCCUGAAAAAACAUGGCUGCUUUAAAGAGUUUCCUCCCAUGCCAUUUUUCCUAUUUAAAUUUGAAGCACUUCACAGACCAGUUAGUUAAAAGCAGGACUCAUUCUUUUUCCAAGCCUUUUUUGGAAAAAAAAAUGUACUUUACCAAACAAUGGAUUCAUCUUCAUCAGGGAAGAAAGCUAAGAAUUUUGUGAGGACAGACUUUAAAACAAGCUGACCAUGGUUUUUUUUUUCUUGAUGUGUGGGAGUGUUACUCCUGCUUUAAGUUACCCCAGAGAGUUUCCUUUGUAAAUUCAAGAUGCAACACCUCGUGAGAAUGACAUGACAUCAUGAUACCAUUCUCCUGGGCAGUCCUGACAGGGUGGGUGGGCUUUACAGCAAAGCAUUAGCAAGUGUUAACAACAACUGACGUCAAUGGCUAUAAUUAAUCAUAGUUAACUGUGUCUGGAUCAAAAAAAUGGAAGUUGUAAAAUAACAAAUAAAAAAUAAAAAAGGGCUGUAAUCCUGAGGAUUAAACAGAAAAUAUGAAGUGUUACCCAUGAUUACUUACCAAAAAAUGCUAACAACUUUACAAUCGAUGCCUGCCUCCAGUGUUUUGUGAUUUGCACAGGUAUAGUAUAGUUAUAUAACAAAAACCUGCUUUGUAUCAUACAAUGCCUUGCCUCACCCCACUUCUGAAGAAAACAUAGACUUGUUCCACCGGCAGUUUAGACUUUUUGCUCAGACUGGAGGGUUUCCUGAAAGCCUCAAUUUGCAGUGUCUGUUGCUUUAUACUGCUUACAAAAACUAGAUGCAAUCCAGUGUUGUUCAACCUUAUUUUAUGCAGGGUUUUUUCCUCCCUUGUGGGCAUUGCAAAAAAAAACACCAGCCUACUGGAUCUUUACAAAAUUGCUGUAAAGAUGCUUUCCCCUCUCAGGAGGGAGAUGCGAGAACUCCAAAACUAACAGAUGCUUUUAAUCUUAAAGUUGAAUUGCAGACAAAUUAUUUCUAUGGGAAUGAGAA